UGUAUGUGGGCGAGAAGGGUUUCUACUUUCUAGCUAGUUCUUCGAUUGACUGAGGGUUUUGGUGAGGAAGCAGAGGGGAGAUAGAAAAGUAAAAGCUUCUUCUUCUUCUUCUUCUUCUUUCUUCAGCAGUCAACAAUGGCCGAUGAAGAUUACAAUGAUUUGGACAUGGGAUAUGAGGAUGAGCCACCAGAGCCCGAGAUCGAGGAAGGUGCAGAGGAGGAUCUAGAGAAUAAUGCCAAUGAAGACGUUCCUGGAGACCUCGUUGAAGGUGAGGAUAAAGAAGAGCCGGAACCAGUUGAACGUCCUCGUAAGACCUCUAAAUAUAUGACAAAAUAUGAGCGCGCUAGAAUAUUGGGUACCCGUGCUCUGCAGAUCAGUAUGAAUGCACCUGUGAUGGUCGAGUUGGAGGGUGAAACUGAUCCACUUGAGAUUGCAAUGAAGGAGCUUCGUCAGCGGAAAGUACCCUUCACCAUCCGCCGCUACCUGCCAGAUGGAAGUUAUGAAGACUGGGGAGUUGAUGAAUUGAUUGUGGAAGACUCAUGGAAGAGGCAAGUGGGGGGCGAUUGAUCUGCUCUUGGAUCAGUCAUUGAUGGACUAUGGGAGUUCUGUAUGAUGUGAAUUGAAAAGUUUGAAGCUCCUUUCUCGCUACUGAUUUCUGUGUGUAAUCAUGAAUGUGACUGACAUUUAAUAUGUAGUGACUGUUAAAACUCUUUUGUGUGUAUGUGCCCGCGCGCACAAAGAACAUGAUACAUGAAGGAAUGGAACCUUUCUCCCAAAAAAAGAAAAAUGUACAUGUAGAAUAAAAGUGUAAAUUCCUCUCGGUUAAUGAGGGGAAUGAAGUGUUCCACAA